GUUUCUCUCCACAGAAAGAGCUGUGCAACAUGAUCCUGGACUGUUGUGCCCAGCAAAGAACAUACGAGAAGUUCUUUGGUCUCCUAGCUGGGAGGUUUUGCCUGCUGAAGAAAGAAUAUAUGGAGAGUUUUGAAGCCAUCUUCCAGGAACAGUAUGAAACCAUCCACCGGCUUGAAACCAACAAAUUGCGUAACGUUGCUCGAAUGUUUUCUCAUCUCCUCUACACAGACUCCAUACCAUGGAGUGUCCUUGAAUGCGUUAAAAUGAGUGAAGACACAACGACGUCCUCCAGUCGAAUCUUUGUGAAGAUUUUGUUCCAGGAACUUUGUGCUUAUAUGGGCUUGCCAAAACUGAAUGAGAGGCUGAAGGACAUGACUCUUCAGUCUUUCUUCGAUGGUCUUUUCCCACGUGACAACCCGAGGAACACGAGAUUUGCCAUUAAUUUCUUCACAUCAAUUGGCCUUGGAGGACUUACGGAUGAGUUGAGAGAACAUCUGAAGAACGCUCCUAAGAUGAUCAUGACCCAGAAUCAGGAAGUGGAGUCAUCUGAUUCUUCCUCUUCUUCUUCAGACUCCUCCUCAUCUUCAGAUUCCCCAUCUGACAGCGACAGCAGUGACAGUGACUCGGAUUCGUCCAGCGACUCAGACUCCUCCUCCAGCAGUGACAGCUCCUCAGACUCAAGGCAUAAGAAGGCCUCGGGCAAGAAGGAGGAGAAGAACAAGGAAAAGAAGCGGUCCAGCAAGGCAGCAAACCAGCCAUCUCCUUUGGAGGAGCGGCCCAGCAAGAGACACGAGAACCGGCGGCAAGACGGCAGCAACGAAGACCGCCGCGGAUCCGACAAGCACCACAGAGAUUCUCGCCGCCGGGGACAUGAGGACGAGUCGCCCCCUGCUCAACAGCGAGGAGAACCUGAGCAUGGGAGAGGACAUAAAGAGCAGCAGCACCACAGGCAUGUUCCGGACCACGAGGACCAACAGCCGGAUUCACGAAGGCACAAGGACGACGGCAAAAACUCCAGAGCGGACAAGGACAAAGAUAGACGCAGAAGCAGAGAGAAGGAGCCUCUGCAGCGGAGCCGGGACAGGUCAAAGUCACGAGAGAGGAGCCGCAAAGAGAUCGACUCCAGGGACUCGUACAAGAACGGCUUGGAGAGAGUGGACAAAGAGAACAGGCAUUCUGACAGAGACAAAGAGUCCAGGAGGAAAGACGAGAGGAGCAGGGAUAGCUCACCGAGGAGACACAGAUAGACACCGAAUAAGAUCAUGAUAUCGUACCAGUUUUGAGCCGUUCCUCGUUCACUGUGGCUUUCACCCAUGUGCUUUUGCUUAGCCUCGGUGUUGUUAUACAGUAAAACAUAAUGAUUUUUGAGCUGCUGUUAAAAGGACUCAUGUGGAAAUGUACCGUACACGCACUGAUGCUGUGUAAGUUGUUCCUGAAACAGUUUUAGCAGUUAAACGAAGCUGUGUUCAUAUUGUUGGGGGCAUUUUGUAUUUUAUGUAUACUUACCCAACAGUAUUUUUGCUGUUGUUUUGGAAGUAAUUGGGAAAAGCAAGAUUAAAGAUGACAUUUGCUAUGAAUUUAAAA